AUGACUUCUCCUUAAAAAAAUUAAAAUCAAAAUUAAGAAUUAGAAUAAAUAAUAAAGUAAUUAGGAAGUUAUUCUUUUAAUGAUUAAUUUGAUGCAAUAAUAAAAAUAAAUAUGUAUAUAUAAUAAGAUCAUUAAGGAUUUAAUUUUUAUUUAAAAUAAAUACAAUAAAUAUGUUCUAAUAUAUUAAGAAACUCUACAGGAAACGAAUAAUAAUCUGAUUUAAUUUUUAAUAUUUUAAUCUUCUAUGAUUUAAUGCUUAAAUUAUUUCCUAUGGAAACUGAAAUUCUUAUAGGAAAUGAUAUUUCUUUGAUUCUUAUAAAUUUAGGAGACACUCAAUAAAAUGUUAGAAAAUAAGCACAUUCUUUAUUGCUUAAAUAUAUAAGAGCAUAUAAAAAUGCAGAUAUUAUAAUUAAAAUAUUCUUAAAAACAGGAUUUUAAAAUGAAUCUUAUCUUAUAUACAAGAAGGAAAUGUAAAUGUUCAAAAAGCAAGUGAAUAAAUACUUUAAUUUCUUAGCUAGUAAAUAAACUAUCAGAUUCUAAGGUUGCAAUCCGUUCUAUAGUCUCGAAAACAAUAAGGGAACAUAUAAAAUCAAUUGGUUAACAUAAAUGGCUAGAUUAAUGCCUAACAGGAUUAAAAACAAGAACUAGAAUGCAAAGGAGGAAAUUUUAAAUUUAAUAACAUAAUUAUACAUGUAAUAUCCUAACAUGAUAAUAUAUAAUUGGGAAAAAGUAUUAAAGGAAGUAUCUCCUUUAUUAGAAGAUGAACAUUUCCAAUAAGGAGGAAAUUAAAUUAAAAAUAUCGAAUAAAAUAAUGAUUCUAGAUAUUCACAAAGAACUAUUAAUACUAUGAACACUUCAUCUAAUACUUUAUUUUAAAUAAAAAAUACAGUUUUUGAUGUAUCUUAGACUUCUAUUCUUACAUCUACUACAGUUAUGAUGAUUCAAGGCAGUUUAGAUCCUGAAGGUGAUUUAAUAGUUUAAAAAUUAUUAAAAAAAGGUAGCGAUUCAAAUACCUUUAUUUCUGAAGAAGUAAAGAAUGCUUUAAUUUAAAUAACUAUGAAUUGCUCUGAAAAUAAAAUUAGUUCAAUAAUUUUAAAUGUAGAUAAAUUAUUAGUUGUUUUAUGUAAUUAUACUGUUGAUCAAGCUGUUGAAGUAAGAACUAUUUCAAAAGAAUCUUUGCUUUUAUUAUUAAACAAUAUACUUAAUUAUUCGGAAGUAGAUAAAAUUUUACAAAGGAUACUACCUGAUUCAUUAUAUGAUUGGAAAUUAAAAAUUGAAUUUUUAUAAAAAUUAUCUGAAUUCGCAUCUAAUAAUUCUGAAACUGUUAUUAAACAUAAACAUAGUGUUAAAUUUUUUGAUUAUUUUGCAGCUUUUAUUAAUGAUGCUAAUACCAAAGUUUAACUUUUUGCUUUAAGUUCUUUCUCAACUAUUUUAUAAUAAAUUAAGGAAGGUAUUGAAAGCAAUAUGACAACAAUUCUUAAUAGUAUAUUAUAAUGUAUCGGAUCUUCAAAUAGUGGUGUUAAAGGAUAAGGGGAAUAAUUAUUUUAAGCGUUUACAUAAACAUUUGACUCUUAUAUUUUAUUCCCUUAUUUGUGUAAUGGAGCUAAUUAUGGACCAGCUCGUGCAAGACUAAAUAUAAUAAAAUCUUUAUAAAAUUGUGUUGAUGAAACAUAUAGAAAAAAAGGAAACAAUAUUUUCGUUAAAUAAAUUAAUAGUGUAAUUUAUAAAUUAAUUGAUGAAAAUCUACCUGAAUUAAAAACAUAAUGUCAAAGUUUAGUCUAGAAAGUUUAUUAAUUAAUUGGAAACUAAAUUUUUGAAGGUAGUAAUGUUAUAACUAGAAAAUAUAUAUAGGAAAUUAUUGAUAAGUGA